ACCAACUUCGCGCACACCGAACCAGCUUCCUAAUCACGAGAACUAUCCCUCCCCACGAUGUAGUUGUAACUAGGCCCCUACUACACACAAACGGCGGAAAGACUGUAUACGGCGAAGAAAAGAAAAAAAUGGAUCAGUUUCCUUUUUCGGUGUUUACUGAUGAGACGAUAUAUGCGCCACACACAACGACGUUCCACGACGUACUACUAUUGCCAGUCGCGUGAAUCACGCUCGCUGCGUUUAAGGACCUCGCUCCGUCGUUAUUUCGGGGCAGGAAUUUUCCGAACGUAACGCGGGGGCGCCGAACGGCCGUCACGUGUCCACAAUUGUACAGAAAAAUUGGGCAACGCGUGACCACUCGAAGAUGCCCGUCCGUUCAUGCACGAGACCCCCUCCCCGAAACUAGCCGUUCGGAAUUCCCGGAAAAAAACACUAGUAACGCCACGGAACUCAAACCGACGUCGUUACAAGGGCGCAGAUGGUGCGAAAAGAGCCUCGGUUAAAUUUACUUUCGGAUACGUUGGGUACCACAACAGGGUUUUCAAAACUCCCGAAGGAACGGUCGCGGUAGACCGCCAAAGACCGAAAGAAGAUGCGGCAUUACUUCAACGGCCGCCCGCCAGGCCACCAGCCAGUUUUGCUAGCAACUUCUUGACCCGAGGAUAGCACAAGCCCGAAGAGAUCGAAGGAACUUUCUGCUAAUUGAUAUGGGGAUGGGGAUCAAGUGUGGAGAGACCACUGCGAAGACGUGGAGACGAGGAACAAGUAUGCCGAGAGCAUGCUCCAGCUGGCCACGACCAUCUGGCCGUGCAAGGAUCGCAUCGAGUGGUGCCAUGACACCAUGAGGAGGUACUUCUUUGGUGGUGGUCUGGAGCGCAGCCUGCAGAGGUACUACAGGAAGAUGGGUCUGCAAUGUCCCGAGUUUAUUAUCAAGCAAGCCAGACAGAACUUCGGAUUAGUUGAAGAAAAGGUGCGUCUCCUUGACGUUGGAAGCUGCUACAACCCAUUCAGUGCCUACACUGACAUUAAUGCCGUUGCCAUUGAUUUGACACCUGCUGCAGAGGAUGUCAUGGAAUGCGACUUCUUGAAGUUGAACGUCACCCCUGGAGGGGCCGAGAAUCUGGCAGGCACUCUCGAGACACCCCUGAAGGCUCUGCGCGAAAGCAGCUUUCAAGCGGUCGUCUUCUGUCUUGUCCUCGAGUACUUGCCCUCCUGCACACAGCGGUGGUCCUUCUGCCGUAAGGCAGCCUCGUUGCUGAAGCCGAACGGCCUAUUGUUCAUCGUCACGCCAGACUCCAAGCACCAGCAACGAAAUGCCGCCAUGAUCGCCAGCUGGCGCAAAGCCCUCGAGCACAUCGGGCUCCUUCGCGUUCGCUAUGAGAAGAGGCAGCAUCUUCACUGCAUGGCUUUCAGGAAACAGCUUCAUCGAACAGACAAGACAUGCAAUCCGAGAAUUGCCGAACACGGCAAAACUGUGACAAAAGAGCUGUACUGCGAUAGCGAAGGAUGUUCAAAUGAUUUGGAAAAGAACAAAUACUCCUCUGAUGACCCCAUGGUUGGCAUUGAAAGACAUUUUGUCACACAAGUCAAUAGUGUGGCAAGUGACAGCAUAGGCAGCACGGCCAAACAUCACAAUAGGAUAUCUGGUAUUGAUUGUGAGAAAGAACGUGCUGAAUGUUCAUGUUCUAAAUCUACAGAAUCAAUUACGAGCGUGUUUGAGACCGUUAGCAAGCAUACAGACGAAAAAUCAAGGAAACCAGGCCUACUGAGAGCCAUUCCACUAGCUAGCAACAUUGGCAAGAGAUGCCAAAACGAUGCUUUAGACGAAGUCGACGAAAGUCUGGCAGAUUCUGCAAAGCUUCAAACUAACAGCAUUUGUAGAAGUGAUAUCGAGGCCGAUAAUGAUAGCGUGGCUCAGCUAAUGUACAUACCACAAGACUCACGGGACUACGUGGCUUUGUUGACCAGGAACCCUGCUGAGGAACGAACUAGUGACGAAGACACUUCUCUGAAAGAUGGGUUUCUCGAACUACCGUAUUUAAAUGAUGCAUAAAAUUAAAGCAUGUGAGGCUUCGUCAUGUUGAAGUCCAGUCCUUC